AGGGGGGUGGCUGUGCCUGCGGGUGCUGCGGGCUUCUUCCCAAGUGACCCAUCAACAGUUUGUCCUUUUUGCCUUUUAUUUAUUUAUUUAUUUCUCUUUUUUCUUUCUUUCUUUUUUUUUUUUUUUUAAACCCCCAAACUUAACUCUUCUUCCUAUUCGUCCGGUUGUUUUUGUUUUGCUCCCCCGCCGACAGAAACUUUUCCGCCGCGGCAGCGCGCACGCAGAGAGGAGGAGAGAUGGGGAGGAAGGCGCUGCUGGCCGCGCUCUGCCUCUGCCUGCCCUGGGCCGCCGCUCUCGGCCAUGACCCCGCAGAAGCUGAGACGAAUUUUGAGGGAAUCGAGAGCAAGUUUUCCUUACGGACGCCUGCAGAGCCCGAUGAGGAUGUCUGCUACCUGGUUCCUGGGCAGGUGGACAGCCUGGCACAGUGCAACUUCAACCACACCAGUAAAACCUUUGUGGUCAUCCAUGGAUGGACGGUGACAGGCAUGUAUGAAAGCUGGGUCCCAAAGCUGGUGGAUGCUCUGUACAAGAGGGAGCCUGACUCAAACGUCAUUGUGGUGGACUGGCUAGUUCGAGCUCAGCAGCACUACCCAGUGUCUGCUGCCUACACUAAGCUGGUGGGAAAGGAUGUCGCUAUGUUUAUUGACUGGAUGGAGGAGAAAUUCAAUUACCCUCUCAACAAUGUCCACCUGCUGGGGUACAGCCUGGGUGCUCAUGCUGCUGGGAUUGCUGGGAGCCUGACCAAGAAGAAGGUGAACAGAAUUACUGGGCUGGAUCCUGCUGGUCCCACCUUUGAGUAUGCUGAUGCCCUCACGCGCCUCUCCCCGGAUGAUGCUGACUUUGUGGAUGUCCUACACACCUACACCCGCGGCUCUCCGGAUCGCAGCAUCGGCAUUCAGAAGCCCGUUGGACACAUCGAUAUUUACCCUAACGGGGGAGGCUUCCAGCCGGGCUGCAACUUGGGAGAAGCUCUACGCCUGAUUGCUGAAAAAGGCUUUGCAGAUGUGGAUCAGCUGGUGAAAUGCUCUCACGAACGAUCCAUCCACCUCUUCAUCGACUCCCUCCUCUACGAAGAAAAGCCCAGCAUGGCCUACCGCUGCAACACGAAGGAGGCCUUUGAGAAGGGGCUCUGCCUCAGCUGCCGCAAGAACCGCUGCAACAACUUGGGUUACAAGGUCAACAGAGUGAGAACAAAGAGAAACACCAAAAUGUACCUGAAGACCCGUGCUCAGAUGCCCUACAAAGUCUUCCAUUACCAGGUCAAGAUCCAUUUCUUUGGGAAGACAAAUAUGACCAAGACAAACCAGCCAUUCCUGAUCUCUCUGUAUGGCACUUUAGAUGAGAGUGAGAACAUUGCUUUCACAUUGCCUGAAGUCUCCUCAAACAAGACCUUCUCUUUCCUGAUUUACACAGAAGUGGACAUUGGUGACCUGCUUAUGCUAAAGCUGCAGUGGGAAAAAGACAGCUUCUUCAGCUGGUCAGACUGGUGGACUCCUUUUACAUUCACCAUCCAGAGAGUCAGAGUGAAGUCAGGCGAAACUCAGAAAAAGGUGGUGUUCUGUUCUCGAGAUGGCACCUCACGUCUUGGCAAAGGAGAAGAGGCAGCAAUAUUUGUGAAAUGCCUGGAGCAGCCUGUCAACAGGAAAAGGGGAGGAGCCAAGAAAGCCUCUAAAGAGAAUUCUGCACAUGAAUCUGCUUAAAAGUGACAAGAAUUAAGAUUUUCCACACUGGGGAGGAGGAGAGUCUGUUCAUCCCAAUGAACUGGAUGUUCAGAACAAAAUAUAUAGAAAUAUUUAUCCACCACUGGCUUUUUUUGCCUGCUAUUCCUAGCUACUUAGGAGAUUCUUGUAAGGAAGUCUCAGCAUACAGAGAUACUAACCAUAAAGAUACACAUUAUCAAAUAGUUGUUUAAAACAAAGAAACCCCCGCAACAAAUUGCCAAAGUCUUGAGUGUUAGGAAGGAGUAAGUGAUUUUUGCUUAAUCAUGGUGCCUUGUGACAAAGUUUCUUGACAUCAAUUCCUCUAUAGCAGUUUUGUAGUAUUUAUUGAAAAGAAGCAGAGCCCUGUACCUGGCUUCUUUUUGGUGUCUUCUGGAACUGGACUUUUAUUUCCUCCUUGCUUGGCUACCUGAAUUUUCAGACAGUUCAGUGGCUAGAGUUCAUUGUCUUCAGGUGUGUGUUUAGUAAAUAAGUAGGCUUCUCAUGUGAAAAAUACCUUUGCUGUGUGUAAAGCUGUAACCGAAAGAUGCCAGGGACUGACUAAAUAUGGGGAUGAAUUUUCUAGUUUGUGGUUAUGAAUGUGCUUUACUGGGGGUAAAUGCCAGUGCUGCUUAGCAAUACUUAUGAUCUGUUAAACCAUAUACUUCUAUGCAGCAUAUCCUGGAAUAAAUAGCAGUUGUAGGAGAUGACAGCAAUACCAGUGUCCUAUGCAGACAUUCAGCUUUUCAUUUGUGCUUUCAUCCCCUGAAAAAGGAGCCAUCAAACCUCCAACACUAUGCUGAGUAAGGAACGGCAAUGGAAUUGAGCUACCAGAAACCGCAGGGAAUGGACUUUUUUUUUUUUUUUUUUUUUUUUUUUCCACUUGCUUACAUCCCUGAUGCUAAAACUAAGAGUUUCAGUGCUCUUUGACACUGAAUGUCAUUCAUGCAGCUGUGUGACAGCUGUGUCUGGUCAUUGCAACUAAAUCCAUUGGUGACCAGCACCCUUGUGCUUCCCUGUACUGGAAUAGUGACUUCCAAUGACCAGCCUUCAUUUGUUGCUUGGUUGUGAUGUGAUGCCAGAUACUAGGAGUUGCUUGGUUUUCUGCCUUGAGGUGGAAUUCAGCAGGGAGCAAGAGCUGUGACAUUUAAAAAGAGCCUGAUUUUGUGAUGCACAAAAAUGAAUGGUCUGAGAAACACUUGAAUUAGACAUGCUGUGAGUUGCCAAAAAUAGAUAUAUUGAAGGCUUUCUGCUUUCCCUUUCUUGAAGUAAUGUGUAAUUUUUCUAGUGCUUGGGAAAAUUCAAUAGCCUUCAUUUAGCUUUCUAGAGGAUAAACAAAAUACUGGGGAGGUAGAAGGGUUUGAAGGUAGACAUUUGGAGAAGUGUAAUGUGAGCUAUUGAUGCUGGUCUUCACAGUCUUUUCCCACAUGUGCAAGACAAAGUGUGGAGGUGGUGAUUCUUCAAGACCAUCCUAUCUCUGAAGCAAAACCAACAUAAAUACAUUUAUGUGCACAGUUCCUUUUUUUUUUUUUUUUUUUUUUUUUUUUUCCUAGCCAUCGCUGCUAGUAUAUAUGGGGAUAAAAGUCUUGAACAGUGCAAUAUGUUGGAAUAUUAAUAACUCCAAAGUUGCUUACAUUUGGUUUCCUCACUACAGAUAGGAUGAGUCAUUGAGGGUGGGGUUGAGUAUUGAGCCACAGCAUUUGAGACCUCUAAAAAUAAAUACGAUUCUAUAUUCCCUAUAGACUUCACAUUUUGUUGCAAUCUUCUCUUUAAAGUUCUCUGGAAAUAAAAUGUGUGUAAACAGGUGUGCUCUUAAUCCAAUAUCUAACUCAAACACGUACAGAACCUGGAUACAAAAUAGUGAGGGUUCUUUUACAUGGGGACACAUGAUUUAGCUUUGAAUGUUAUUUAUUAGCUGUAAAUACCAUAUUUAUGUGUUUAAAGGUAGUUUGUAUAUAUUGCUAAAGUUGCUGAGAGUCUUUACAUUUAUACAGUUGUGUGGUAUUAAUCCUGUAUAUAGCUUUCAGAGAGAUUUUUAUCAACAAAUUACUUACACUGCAUUAUUUCCAGUGUGGUUAAUAAGUUUUUUUAAAAAAACUCCUCAGUUUUGUACAGAAUGGAAACCUAUGGUUUUAAUAAAACUCUCAAACC